UCUUUUACUAUAGAAAAGUAACUCCAUUUUUUAGUUAUCUCUUAGAAAAUGAUGGAGGGGGUCGUCAACACAUGUAGUAUAUAUGCACGUAAGGUUAAAGUAUACUUAUGUUAGUGCUGAGAAACAGAAUGGUUUCAGUAAACUAAAAGCUACCAUGGCGGACGGUAAGCAGAAGAUUCGCAUCGGUAUCGUAGGUGCUGGAUUGGUAGGAACAUUAGCUGCAUGUUACUUUGCUAAACGAGGACAUUCAAUUUCUGUUUACGAAUAUCGUUCAGAUAUUAGAAAAGAAAAAUUGGUAGGUCAAAGUAUAGAUUUAGCUUUAUCAACACGUGGACGAGAAGCUUUAAGAGCAGUAGGUCUUGAGGAUGCCCUUGUUAAUCAACACGGUAUCGCUAUGAAAGGUAGAAUGCUACAUGGUAGAAACGGCCAAUUGAAAGAAAUGAUUUAUGACAGCGUCAAAGGAAAUUGCAUUUACUCUGUCAACAGACAAUAUCUCAAUGAAAUUUUACUCAACGCUGCAGAAAAGUAUUCUGAAGUACAGCUCUACUUUAACUCGAAAAUCAUCGACGCUGAUAUCGAGCAAGGAAAAUUAACAAUUUUAAAUACGAAGAAUCAAACGACGGAAGAAGUAAAUAUCGAUCUAAUAAUCGGAGCAGAUGGUGCUUAUUCUACCAUACGAAAGAUUUUUUUGAAAAGACCACUUUUUAAUUAUAGCCAAACUUACAUCGAACAUGGAUACGUUGAAUUAUUUAUACCAUCUGGAAAAAAAAGCGAGUUUGCAAUGAGUGGAAACCAUCUUCACAUUUGGCCAAGAGACGAGUUUAUGAUGAUAGCAUUACCAAACGAGGAUCACAGUUUUACUGCUAAUCUCUUCGCACCUUUUAGUACUUUCGACAAAUUAAAAACGCCUGAAAGUUUAAUUACUUUUUAUAAGAAACAAUUUCCAGAUGUAUUAACAUUGAUCGGCGAAGAAAUAUUAGUUAAAAAUUAUUUCAAAAAAAAACCGCAAACUUUGAUAUCGAUUAAGUGCAGACCAUUUCACGUUGGUAAAACGGCCAUUUUGGUAGGAGAUGCUGCUCACGCUAUGGUACCAUUUUACGCUCAAGGAAUGAAUACUGGAUUCGAGGAUAUCUCCUUGCUGGAUAAUCUAAUGGAAAAAUACAAUUCGAAUUUAAUUGAAAUUCUUCCGAAAUUUUCUGAACUUCGAUGUAACGAUGCAGAAGCGAUAUGUGACUUAGCAAUGUAUAAUUAUAUCGAGAUGAGGCAUUUAGUACAGAAAAAGUCUUUUGCUUUGCGUCGACAUCUUGAUACUUUUUUAUAUAAAUUUAUUCCAAAUACUUGGAUACCACUUUAUAGUACAAUACAUUUCAGUCGAAUGAGUUUCCAGGAAUGUAUAAUUAAUAAAAAAUGGCAAGAUAAGGUGUUGCAAAGAAGUUUGUGGUACUUAGGAUCAGCGUUAACUGCUAUUAUUGCUCUUUCAUUCUCAAAAAUUUAUUUUGAACAAAUGAGGACAACAAUUUAGGCUAAACUAUGCAAAUUUUUACAGAUAUUUUAUAACUAAUUUUUAUACUCUUCGUAAUUAUGAUUAACGAAUUAACUAAAUGUUUAUAUUACACAUGUAAUCGUGAUUAUUUUUUAUUAUC